ACGUCAUAUCCGAUUUAUAGUUCCGGUACUUUCAACAUCCGCGCCAGUUUGGAGACAAACAUCUGGAGAAUCGGAGACGCUAGAAGUUCUUUGUCUUCAGCUUACCUGUGCCUGUAAACCGUUAUGGCUGAUAAAAUGAGCAUGUCUCUUGACGAUAUAAUUAAAAUGAACAAGAAAGGAGGAGGUGGCAGCGGCGCCGGAGGAGGAGGAAGAAGAGGUGGCGGUUCAGGUCGGACCGGUGGUUCUUCGAGGCCGAUGAGGAGUCGACCGAACAACUUCAACCGGGAAAGGAACAGCCGACCCACACCGUACACCAGGCCCAGGGAAUUACCAGACAAAUGGCAACACGACAUGUUUGAAGAGCAUGACAGCGGACGCAGAGCACAGACCACAGAAACGGAAAGGAAUGUGGAAAGUAGUGGCAAACUCCUUGUUUCCAAUCUGGAUUUUGGAGUCUCUGAUGCAGAUCUCAAGGAGCUUUUUUCAGAAUUUGGACCGCUAAUGAAGGCGUCUGUACACUAUGACCGAUCAGGCCGCAGCAAGGGAUCAGCAGAUGUUCAUUUUGAAAAUAAGGCAGAUGCACAAAAGGCCAUGAAACAGUAUAACGGUGUUCCUCUGGAUGGUCGCACUAUGGAAAUCCAGCAUGUGACUUCAGAAGUCGGUUCUUCGAGUAGACCAUCAACACAAAGUGGUUUUGACCGCAGUAGACUUGGUCAACCCAAGUUUGAACGUCGAGAGAGAGGUGAACAGAGGCAACGUGGAAACAGUAGAGGGAACCGGGGUCGAGGAAGGGGGAAUGGAAGCAGACCUCAGCUCUCUGCAGAGGAACUGGAUGCUCAGUUAGAUGAAUACAAUUCCAAAUUUCAAAUGGACACCAGCUAAAGGGCACUGAGGUUGAUAUUGACCUUUAGCUUUUUAGACACUUAAAACAUUUUUUAGAUUCGGGUUAAACUGGUGUUGUGACUCAAACAAACAUGAUGGGUGUUUUAAAACCAUUUAAUUUCUUAGAUAACUGUGCUAUUUUUUUAUUUUUAUAAGAAUGGUUUUGGAACUUUAUUAUUAAAUGGCUACGAACCAUCUUUUUUGUUUUUUUUUUUGUUUUUUUUACAUAGGUUUGUUUUUACAACCUGUUGUAUUAUCAAAAAUUAUUGCAGUUGUGUUUAUGUACACCAUUCCAAUCACUUUGUACUGUAUAGAUGUGAUGAAAAUUCUCAAAGUGUUUUGUAUAUAAUUACACUAAGGAACUGUU